AUGUCUCCACUGUCUUUCCCAAAGGGGGAUACAGAGGCCCAGGAGGGGCUGGGGGUAGGGGAGGAUAUGGUAACGGAGGCCAGGGAGGCUAUGGUAACGGAGGCCAGGGAGGCUAUGGUGCUGGUCUGGGAGCAGGAAAUGGCCAAGGAAUUGGGACGGGAGCCGGACUGGGCUCACAGGGUGGGAAACCACGUGGAGGUGGAGGAUACGGUGGUAAUGGCUAUGGCACACAGCCAGGUUACGGGGCUGGAGCUGGAGCCAGAGGCUAUCCACGACCAGGUGCUGGAGCUGGGUAUCCCAAUGGACAGGGAUCUAAGGGACCAAAACCGGGAUAUGGUGCAGGAGCUGGAGUGCCCAAUGGACAGGGUGCUAAACCCAAUGGGUAUGCUGCAGGAGCUGGAGGAGUUCCCACUGGACAGGGUGCUAAACCAUCCAAACAGGGAUAUGGUGCAGGAGCUGGAGUGCCCAAUGGACAGGGUGCUAAGCCCAAUGGCUACGGUGCCGGAGCAGGCAGCUACCCGGGGGCAGGAAACAACGGCUAUGGAGCAGGUGCCAGUCUGGGACAGGGAGGAUACCCCCAGGGUGGAGCAGGUGAAUACCCCCAGGGUGGAGCAGGAGGAUACCCCCAGGGUGGAGCAGGUGGAUACCCCCAGGGUGGAGCAGGUGGAUACCCCCAGGGUGGAGCAGGAGGAUACCCCCAGGGUGGAGCAGGAGGAUACCCCCAGGGUGGAGCAGGAGGUUACCCCCAGGGUGGAGCAGGAAAACAAGGCAAAGCUGGCGGUGGUGCCAGUCUGGGACAGGGAGGAUACCCCCAGGGUGGAGCAGGGGGAUACCCCCAGGGUGGAGCAGGAAAACCAGGCAAAGCUGGCGGUGGUGCUAAUCUGGGACAGGGAGGAUAUCCCCAGGGUGGAGCAGGAGUAUACCCCCAGGGUGGAGCAGGCAAAUCAGCAGGUUAUGGUGAUCAAAUUGGAGAAGCAUACCCCGGGCCUGGAGCGGGCAACGGAUAUGGGAAUGGCUAUGGCAAUGGCUACGGUGCUAGUACUGGAGGCAAUGGUUAUGGACCCGGUCUUGGCGCAGGAGGAUAUCCACAGGGACAGGAGAAAUAUGGGGGAGGAAUCAGUCAGCUUCCUUACAAUGGAGCCCCAGUCAAUACUGCUGGUCUGGAUGGUGAUGGAAGCUUCCCUUAUGGUGCUCAGCAACUGGGCCUUGGUGGUGGUGAUGGAGGCAAAUCCUCUGGCAAAUAUGGCAACGGUGGAUUGCCACAGGGUGCACAACAGGGUGCACAACAGGGUGCACAACAGGGUGCACAGCCUUAUGGACCUGCGACUGGUGGUGGGAAACCACCAUGCAAAAAUGGAAACGGAGGGGGCUUUGGUGCACAGCCAGCAGGCUAUGGUCAAGGACAGCUGGGUGCAGGUCAGAGUGCCCCCUACAGUAAUGGAGCAGGAGGGAAGGAAAGCCAAUAUGGUGGUGGUGGACUGACUGGAUUCUUUGGAAAUGGAGGAUACAAAGGUUAAGUCAAUCAGCUGAGGCCUUCUUGAAGUGAAUAUUUGUUCCGUUCCAUCAUGUGUUCAUUGUGAUGUUUGUUGUUUGGUCUGUUGUUACAUUUAACUAUUCCAUUUUUGUUUUGUAUUUGUGUUUUUUGUUUUUGGUUCUUGUCUUUUCUAUUGUUGUGUGUCUGUCCCCUCUCUUCCUCUACUGGUUUUGGAGAUUGUGUUGCCAGUGUGUUUGUGUUCAUAUCCAUUUCACACUAAAGGGCAGAAAGCAACCACAUAAUGUCUGUCAGUCUCCUCGUUCUUUUAUCCUUGGCACCAGUAUUGUAAAUGUACUGUACAUGUGAUGUGGGGGUUGAGUUUUAAGACUGAAGCUCUAUGAGUUUAAAUCAACACCAAAUAAAAUAAAAUUCAAAGACCUAUUCCCAAAACCUGA